AUGAAUCCGAUGUUGAUAGAUUUAAAUAUAAUAUUUGUGUUUGUAAUAUCUGUACAAUUUUCGAACUCACUAAAUGUGUUUGUACUAGAUACAAAAGGUCACAUAGCCAAACUCAAUGAACCAUUUCACAUAAAUGAAGAGCAAGCGCCCAAAUACAUGAGAGACAGAUUCGAGAGACAACUAGCCGAGCUCCUGAUAUCUAAACAACAGCCGCAUAAAAAUUUAGAAAGAAAUUUCGCAAAUAGUAAGGAUAAUUUAGCAAACACAUUAGGUGCAUCUAAACCUAAACACAGUAUAGUUAUAUUUAGCAAUGGAAGGUAUACUCUGGAUUUGGAUAAAUUAGAUUUCAAAAAAGCGUUAAAUGAAUCAAUUAUAAAUGACAACGAUUGUGAAUCCUUUGAUUCAGAGGAAUGUUUUGAGCAGUUCUAUGAAACUGAGAACAAUACACAAGAAUCUGAUGGUUUACCUGGCAAACCAUCAUCAAACAAGAUCGAUUCGUUACGUAAAAAUAUUGAAAAAUCGAAUGCAGACCAAGAUUCAAGUUCCUCAGAGUAUAUUACUAUCUUAAGACAUGGAAAAAACAGUAUUGUGAGACGAUUUAAAAUUAUAAAUAACAGCAGUAAGAAAAAAAGGAAAAAAGUGUGGUCUUCAGAUACUGAUAGCAGUCAAAGUUCCGAAGAAGCUGCAAAAAAGAUAAAGAAGAAAUAUUAUAAAUCUAGUUAUGAAGAAGACAGUUCAAUGUCUAGCAAAGAAGUUCAUAAUAGUUUGUCUGAUGAAAAGAAGAAAGACUCAUAUGAAGAAUCUCCCGAGGAGGAUGAAGAUGAGGUAUACCUCCAGGGUAACAUAUUGGUACCAAUGAAGCAUAGAAAUGAUUAUGAUAAAACGAAAAGAAGUCACCAUAAGAAUUUAGACGCCAGAAGAAGACUGCCUCACUUUUUGCCCAAACGAUACCACUGGAACCCUAAUGAAAUUAAACAUUUAGGUUAUUUCUGGUACAACGGGCCUAGAGGGAGAUAUCCAGAAGCAGUACCUCUGUAA